AUGUACUUUAUUGAUACACCUCUAAAUAGAGUUGAUGCAUUUGACUUUGAUCUUGAACAAGGAACGUUGGGUAAUCGAAGAACAGUUGUCACAUUUCCAGAUGGCAAUGGGUUUCCUGAUGGUAUGUGUACUGAUGUUGAUGGAAUGCUUUGGGUUGCCAUGUUCUAUGGCAGUGUCAUACUCAGAAUCGACCCAUUAUCUGGUAAAAUAAUGCGUACCAUUGAAAUGCCAGUUUCCUAUCCAACAUCAUGCUGGUUUGGUGGUGAGAAUUUUGAUGUGCUUUAUGUUUUUCGUUUUUAUAUACAAGCAAGCAAAUUAGGUGACUGUAUUUUGAAGAUGACUGGUAAAUAA